UUUGUUUGAUGCCACCUCACUCCAGUGCAAGUCAAUAAAACUUUGUGCACCGACACACACAACUUCCAGCACCCGCCAGCUGGGCCAAAAUGGGAAUUAGCAAAGCUGCCUUGCUCUUUCUUUUUGUGCUCAGCUCAGUGCAAGGAAACAUACUAGACAGCUAUGUGAGAACAGAAGGAGCUUGGCUGCUUAACCCAAAGAAGCAACUUUAUAAGACAAAUACUAAAGAAGAAUGUGCGGAGCAGUGUGAAACUGAAACUAAAUUCACUUGCAGGGCCUUCUUAUUCACCAGUAAAGACCAACAGUGUUUUACAUUGGCUGAGAACACCAAAACAGCAGUGAUAUUCAGAAGAACAAAUGCAGUUCUUUAUGAAAAAAGACUUUAUCUUCUAGAAUGCAAGGAGGGAAAAGGGGUGAAUUACAGAGGAACAGAAGCCAAAACUCAGAAGGGUGUGCCAUGCCAGAACUGGGCUGAUAGUACACCCCAUAAACCUAAUUACACACCUGAAAAACACCCUAAUGCAGGCCUGGAAGAAAAUUACUGCAGAAACCCUGAUAAUGAUGAAAAGGGACCCUGGUGUUACACAACAGAUCCUAAUACCAGAUUUGAUUACUGUAACAUCCCAGAGUGUGAAGUGGAGUGCAUGCACUGCAGUGGAGAAAACUAUCAUGGAGUAGUUGCAACAACAGCAUCUGGACUUGAGUGCCAGCGCUGGGACUCCCAGCAACCUCACUCUCACGGAUACCUCCCUGAAAAUUUUCCGGAGAAGGAUCUGAAGAUGAAUUAUUGCCGUAAUCCUGAUGGUGAACCCCGGCCCUGGUGUUUCACUACCAACCCGAAUAAACGCUGGGAAUUUUGUAACGUUCCUCGUUGCACAACACCCCCACCAGAACCUGCACCAGGACGUCAGUGCCUAUCAGGAAGAGGAGACGACUAUCGAGGCACGAUAUCUGUUACCGAAUCAGGAAAUACCUGUCAGCACUGGAGUGCUCAAUCUCCUCACAGACAUGCUCGCACGCCUGAAAACUAUCCCUGCAAGAAUUUAGAGGAAAACUACUGUAGAAACCCUGAUGGUGAGAAGAUGCCAUGGUGUUACACCACCAACAGUACUGCUCGGUGGGAAUACUGCACCAUUCCCUCCUGUGAUGGGGUAGAGCAAGACACUGCUGCUGUUGAUGGGCCUGAGCAAGCUCAAAUUACUGAGGAGUGCUAUCAAGGCAAUGGUGUGAGUUAUCGUGGCACAAUGUCUUUCACUGUCACAGGAAAGAAAUGUCAAGCCUGGAACUCAAUGUCACCACACCGUCACAAUAAAACGUCAGACAAGUUCCCAAAUGCGGACCUGAAGCAGAAUUAUUGCAGAAACCCAGAUGCUGAUAGCCGGCCGUGGUGCUACACCACUGACCCAGGUGUGAGAUGGGAGUACUGCAACCUGAAGAAGUGUGAUGACAAUUUACAAAUCACUCUACCAAAACCUCCUCAGACAACUCUGAAACCAGAUCCUGAAUGUAUUAAUGGAAAUGGUAAAGAUUAUCGUGGCACAAUCGCGAAAACUGCAAGGGGCAGGACUUGUCAAGAUUGGAGGUCUCAGAGACCACACAGCCACGACUAUUUCACUCCCUUGACUCAUCCAGAAGCAGACCUGGGUAACAAUUAUUGCAGGAAUCCUGAUGGAGAUGUGAAUGGACCUUGGUGCUACACAACAGACCCAAGAAAAGCCUGGGAGUACUGUGACAUUCCCAAGUGCCCUCCUACUCAGUAUGAGUGUGGGAAAUCCAAGUUCAGACAAAAGUUGUGUGCUCAAAGGAUUGUUGCUGGGUGUAUUUCACAUCCACACUCUUGGCCCUGGCAAAUCAGUCUCCGGACAAGCUUUGGCCUGCAUUUCUGUGGGGGAACUCUGAUAGACCCACAGUGGGUUCUUACUGCUGCUCACUGCCUAGAAAAGUCAUCACGGCCAUCUGCAUAUAAAGUAUAUCUUGGAUUACACAAAGAAAGAGCAUUAGAGCCAUCAGUGCAGAAAAUAGAUGUUGAGAAAUUGUUCAAGGAGCCACACAGAGUGGAUAUUGCUCUACUAAAACUGAAGAGCCCAGCAAUCAUCAAUAAUCAUGUAAUUCCAGUUUGCUUGCCUAAAGAAAAUUCUGUGUUAGGAGGAAGAGAGGAGUGCUAUGUGACAGGUUGGGGAGAUACAAAAGGAACUGGUGGUGAUGGCUACUUAAAAGAAACAGGUUUCCCUGUAAUUGAGAAUAAAAUAUGCAACCGCCCUGAAUUUUUGAAUGGGAAAGUCAAAAAUCAUGAACUCUGUGCUGGGAAUAUUCAUGGAGGCACAGAUAGCUGCCAGGGGGACAGUGGAGGACCUCUAGUCUGUCUAGACCAAGAUAAAUUUGUCCAACAUGGAGUUACCUCCUGGGGCCUUGGCUGUGCCCAGCCCAUGAAACCUGGAGUUUAUGUUCGAGUUUCUAAUUAUAUUCCUUGGAUUAAGAGCAUAAUGGAAAACAACUGAUACUGGGUAUGGACUGCCCUCUCCUGGAAAGCAGUAUGCACAUUAGAAAUACAAGAUUCCAAGUGCAAUAUUAAAGCUACAAUCAUUCCUUUAAAAA